CCUGUCGCUAUCGUUGCAUCAAUACCAACCAAUGCCCCAGGCACCMAUACGUUGAACAGGAACGAGUGCAAUCGACAAUAAGCAAUCCUUGAAGAAUUCCAAAGCAGAGCUGCGCAACAAGCAACAACAGCAACAACAACACACCAUGCCUGAACCCACGGAGAUGGAAAUCGACUCGGAGGUCGUCCACGAGGCCGUCAUGCACGACAGCAGCGUCCUCCCGGAGGACGAGGAGGACAUCGAGGACCUGCUGGACCUCGUGGACAACGCCAAGGUCGAGUCGAACGACACGAUCGCGCUGCUGAAGCAGGUGACGGAAUCCCCCAAGACGGGCCCCAAGGCCACGCAGACGAAGGAACGGGCCGUCUACGACCUGACGCGGGCCUUUUGCAAGCAAAAGAACUACUCGGAGGUCGUUGCCUUUCUGGAAGCCUCCUCCUUCUUUCGGUCCGUGAACAAGGCCAAGUGCGCCAAGGUCGUCCGGCAGGUCCUCGACAUUGUCUGCGGACUGGCGCCCGAGGAGUACGACAUGCAGCGCGAGAUCUGCGAGAAGGUCGUCCUCUGGUGCCGCCGGGAGAAGCGGACCUUUCUGCGGCAGCGUGUCGAGGCCAAGCUGGCCGGCAUCCUCUUCCACCAGAACGUCUUUGCGGAGGCCCUGCUGCUGAUCGACGAGCUCCUCGGGGAGCUCAAGAAGAUCGACGACAAGCAGCUCCUGGUGGAGACGCACCUGAUGGAGUGCAAGAUCCACUUUGGCCUGCGCAACGUCCCCAAGGCCAAGUCGGCCCUCACCGCCAGCCGGACGGCGGCCAACGCCAUCUACGUCGCUCCCAACCUGCAGUCGGAGAUCGACACCAUGAGCGGGACCAUCCAGACGGAGGAAGGGGACUACAACACGGCGCACUCCUACUUUCUGGAGGCCUUUGAGCAGCUCGACCAGAUGAACGAAAAGCCGCAGGCCACCAAGAGCCUCAAGUACAUGAUGCUCUGCCGCAUCCUCGACUCCCUCACCAAGACGCUCAAACUCUCGGCCAAGGGGGCCAUCGGGGUCGACAAGACGGGGGCGGCGAGCGGACUGGACAUUAGCAACCUGGUGACCUCCAAGCAGGCCGUCAAGUACGCCGGCCGGGACCUGGAGGCCAUGCAGAGCAUCGCAAAGGCCGCCUCGGACCGUUCCCUGCGCGGCUUUGAAAAAGUCCUCGCCGAAUACGACGCGGAGCUCCAGUCCGAUCUGCUCAUCAAGCACCACCUCAAGAUCCUCCAGGAACAACUCCUGGAGUCCAACCUCAUCCGGAUCAUGGAACCCUACUCCUGCGUCGAGCUCACCCACAUUGCCAGCCUCAUGGACCUGCCGCUGCCGCAGGUCGAGCGCAAGCUCUCGCAGAUGAUACUGGACGGAAAGUUCCAGGGGAUCCUAGACCAGGGCAAGGGGCAGCUCAUCAUCUACGAGGAGGGCGAGAAGGACAAGGCCAUGGAAAAGGGCCUGGAGGUCCUGGAACACAUGGACGAGGUGGUCACGACCCUCUUUGAGAGGUCCAAGGCCCUCAGGACGCUCAUGCUGUGACGACGGGACAGCCGGCAAGCCAGCCCGCGAACGGCCGCGCCGAUGCCCAUGGAACAUACCGACCCCGCCCACGCAACUACAGUAGUAAAAAAAAUAAAAAACACAAUACACG